CACUGGUGGAAUAUCACUAUUAAACCUUGUAUAAAACACUGGUGGAAUAUCACUAUUAAACCCUGUGGAAUAUCACUAUUAAACCCUCACUGGUGGAAUAUCACUAUUAAACCUUGUAUAAAACACUGGUGGAAU